CAGAGCUUUGGGGGAAGUAAAAGAGGAGGGUCUUCAUCAAAACUGAUUUCCGUUGUAUGUUUGACAGUCAGUGACGAUUGACGGGAAUCCAUCAGCUCAGUGGCCGUUGAUGGACAAUCCCUAUGAAGAAACAGGGUUACAAUGGGAAGUACCUCGGAACAAGAGGUCCCGGGAGAGGACGGGUUUAGAAACAUCAAGACAUUUGUGGAGGAGGAACUACAGACGAGCAUGAUGGUGGGGAUGGUGAUUGGCGCGGGCAUCGCCAUAGUCCUCAUCGCCAUCCUCAUCUUCUUCAUCUUGCGGAGGAUCCAGCUUCGAAACCUUGAAGCGCAGGAGGCCCCCAAAUACCGCUUUCGCAAGAGGGACAAGGUCAUGUUCUACGGGCGAAAGAUCAUGCGUAAAGUUUCCCAACAGGUCUCGCAGUCUACCUCUUCCCUGGUGGGUACAUCCUCUUCCUCUCGACCACGCCUCAAGAAGAAGCAGAAGAUGCUCAACAUUGCCAAAAAAAUCCUGCGCUUUAAAAAGGAGGUGCCCAUCCUGCAGGCCAAGGAGCCCCCUCCCUCAGUGCUGGAGGCUGAUCUCACUGAGUUUGAUGUGGCCAACUCCCACCUCCCCUCCGAGGUGCUCUACAUGCUCAAAAAUGUCCGUGUGCUGGGUCACUUUGAGAAGCCCCUCUUCCUGGAGCUGUGUAAACACAUGGUGUUCGUGCAGUUUCAACAAGGGGAGUACGUCUUCAGGCCGGGCCAGCCUGACAGCAGCAUCUACGUGGUUCAGGAUGGAAAACUAGAACUGUGCCUUACUGGAACGGAUGGCAAAGAAAGUGUGGUGAAGGAGGUUUACCCAGGCGACAGUGUCCACAGCCUCCUCAGCAUCCUGGAUGUCAUCACAGGCCACCAGAAGCCUUAUAGAACGGUGUCGGCACGGGCUGCGGAGGUUUCCACUGUUCUCCGUUUACCUGUAGAAGCCUUCCUCUCUAUAUUUGAGAAGUACCCUGAGAGCCUGGUGCGGGUAGUGCAGAUUAUCAUGGUUCGUCUCCAAAGAGUAACGGUCCUAGCCCUGCACAACUAUCUGGGGCUCACCAAUGAGCUCUUCAGCCAUGAAAUGCAGCCCUCGCGUCUGCCACCUCCGUCUCCCCACCCGACUCGCACCAGUCCCAUCCGUCACGGCAAGCGCUUUGGCAGCCUGACAGUGUCUGAGGAGCACCGGGAAGCUGCCAUUAAGGGUGAAGCUACAGGAGGGGAACAAGGGAAGGAUGGAACAGUACCAACUCUUAGCAGGACAAUCUCCAUGCCUGUGGACAUUGCUUGUAUGCAGAAGAGUCUGAGAUCAGACUUUGACAUGGCAUAUGAAAGGGGACGGAUCUCUGUUUCUGCAGAGGACGGCAACACGCCUCCUACUUUCACUCGGUCUGUAUCGCAGGACCAGCGGGAGAGGAGGGUGACAGUAGAUGAGGUUCCCUCAGGGAUCUAUCUGUAUCCAGAGGAAGAGUCAGGAGUGGACAAUAUGUUUACACCUGUAUCCUGUCGAUCUAGCACUGCUCUGUUUGAGGAAGCUCAGAAAGAGAUCCUCAAACUCAUGAAGAUUGAGGACCCAUCCUUGUUAAACGGGAGAGUGACUCUGCACCAUGCAAAAGCUGGAGCCGUCUUAGCCAAACAAGGAGACCAGGACGUGAGUCUGCACUUUGUCCUGUCUGGCUGUCUCCAUGUCUACCAGCGAAUGAUUAACAAGCAGGAAGACGUCUGCUUGUUUGUGACCCACCCAGGGGAGAUGGUGGGCCAACUCGCUGUGCUCACCGGAGAGCCCCUCAUCUUCACCAUCAAAGCCAACCGAGACUGUACUUACCUCAAGAUCUCAAAGUCAGAUUUCUAUGAAAUCAUGAGGGAGCAGCCCAGUGUGGUGCUGAGUGCGGCUCACACGGUGGCCAUACGCAUGUCGGCUUUUGUCAGGCAGAUGGACUUUGCCAUUGACUGGAUGGCUGUUGAGGCCGGCAGAGCCCUCUACAGACAGGACGACCAGUCAGACUGCACCUACAUUGUUCUGAAUGGACGUCUGCGUUCAGUCAUCCGCAAGACAAAUGGCAAGAAAGAACUAGUUGGGGAAUAUGGCAGAGGAGACCUCAUUGGAGUGGUGGAGGCCUUGACCAAACAGCCAAGAGCCACCACCGUCCACGCUGUGAGAGACACAGAGCUGGUCAAACUGCCAGAGGGAACACUCAACAACAUCAAGAGACGAUAUCCCCAGGUGGUGACAAGGUUGAUCCACUUGUUAGGUCAGAAGAUUCUGGGGAACCUUCAGCAGGGUCGAGGGCCAUUCUCAGGUUCAGCCCUGAGUCUACCUAGUAUGACAACCAGUGCCGAUGUCACCAACCCCGCCAGCAACCUCUCCACUGUGGCUGUCCUGCCUGUGUGUGAUGAGGUGCCAAUUAAUGCAUUCAACCUGGAGCUGAGUCAUGCCCUCAGUGCCAUUGGGCCCACUCUGCUAUUAACCAGUGAAAUAAUCAGAGAGCGACUGGGUGCUUCUGCAUUGGACAGUAUCCACGAGUACCGUCUCUCCGGCUGGCUGGCCCAGCAGGAGGACAUCAAUCGUAUUGUCUUGUAUCAGACUGACAACAGUAUGACCCCCUGGACUCAGCGCUGCAUCCGCCAGGCGGAUUGCAUCCUGAUCGUCGGCCUGGGCGACCAGGAACCAACCCUGGGAGAGUUGGAGCAGAUGCUGGAGAACACAGCAGUCCGGGCUCUGAAACAGCUGAUCCUUCUGCACAAAGAGGAUGGGCCGGGCCCCUCCAGGACGGUCGAGUGGCUCAAUAUGCGUAGCUGGUGCUCAGGGCAUCUGCACCUCAAGUGUCCCCGCAGGGUCUUCUCCAGACGCAGCCCCAGCAAACUAAGGGAGGUAUAUGAGAAGGUGUUUGAGAAAACAGCAGACAGGCACAGUGAUUUCUCUCGGCUGGCCCGAGUCCUGACCGGAAACAGCAUCGCCCUGGUGCUGGGAGGGGGUGGAGCCAGAGGCUGCUCUCAUGUGGGUGUGAUCAAAGCUAUGGAGGAAGCGGGGAUUCCUAUUGACAUAGUUGGAGGGACCUCGAUUGGCUCAUUCAUUGGUGCACUGUAUGCUGAGGAGAGGAGUGCUGUCAGAACCAAACAGAGAGCCAGAGAGUGGUCCAAGGCAAUGAACUCUGUAUUUAAAACAGUCCUAGACCUGACCUAUCCCAUCACCUCCAUGUUCUCUGGUUCUGCCUUCAACACCAGCAUCUAUAAAGUGUUCCAGGACAAGCAAGCUGAGGACUUGUGGCUGCCAUACUUCAAUGUCACCACUGACAUCACGGCCUCAGCCAUGCGCGUUCACCAGGAUGGCUCUCUGUGGCGUUAUGUGCGAGCGAGCAUGACCCUCUCGGGGUAUCUGCCGCCUCUCUGCGACCCCAAAGAUGGCAACUUGCUAAUGGACGGUGGCUACAUCAACAAUCUGCCAGCGGACAUUGCAAGGAACAUGGGUGCCAGAACAGUCAUUGCCAUUGACGUGGGUAGCCAAGAUGAGACCGACCUCUGUAACUAUGGCGACAGCCUGUCUGGCUGGUGGCUGCUGUGGAAACGGAUCAAUCCCUGGGCAGAGAAAGUAAAGGUGCCAGACAUGGCAGAGAUCCAGUCUCGGUUGGCCUAUGUGUCUUGUGUGCGGCAAUUAGAGCUGGUGAAGAAGAGUGCAUACUGCGAGUACAUCAGACCACCCAUCGACCGCUUCAAGACCAUGGACUUUGGCAAGUUCGACGAGAUCUAUGAUGUGGGCUUCCAGCACGGCAAGUUGGUGUUUACUGGCUGGGCUCGAGGUGACAUUAUCCAAAACAUGCUGAAGGACCACCGCUCAGCCGACUACAACAACAGCAAGAGAACUGAUUCCUGCACGUGUCCAGCAGCUGACUUCACUGACCUUGCAGAGAUUGUAUCCAGGAUAGAGCCGGUCCAAACCUACGUAGCUGCAGAAGAGGAGUCGGACUGUCUGACAGAGUACGAGGAAGACGGGAUGGACACAGUGAGAGAGGAGGAGGGGGAGGAAGAGGAGGAGGACGCAGAGGACCCUGAGGACCACUCCCCUGGAGAGUGGGGCCAGAAUGGAGUCUUUCAGACAGAUGAGGAGAAAUCUGUGAGACAACGCCGGAAACUCACCAGUGACUCCAACACCUCUGAAGUCUCUGACUGCUGACAGAGGGCCACGGAGGAGUAGACGGAGUUUAAACAAGAACAAGGGCCAAAUUGCGGGUCCAUAAACUGUCAAGGCUAGAGACGUGGACUUCACACUCGGCUCUUGUGAAACUCUGAAAUACUGUUUUUGCUUUUCUGGAUGAAAUCACUGUUCAUCCUCUAAAUUGUUGAACCUCCUUUGCAUCAAGUGGCUUUCUUCUCGCUCCCACUCUGGCUUCAUCUGUUCACAUUAUGACCCCACUGUCAAAAAUGAAACGGUGUCCCUCAUCACUUUUACCAAACUGACCCAUUGCCUGAAUCCCUGCCUGCUAACUCCCAAACCUGCCAAAACGAGGGGGACUCCCCCAGUAAACAACACAACAAAACUGUGACACUCUGUGACAAACGGCCAGAAGGACCCCUCCUACAUGUCCCACCUGGGUCUCUGAAGUUGACAGUUACAUUGCCCUCCAUUAUUGACGUUUUGACGUAUAAAACGGUCCAUUAAUUUGUUGUGUGUGCUUGUUCUGAUGAGAGUGUGUGUAAAUAUUGCCUGUGUGUUAGGAUGACUAUUUGGUACAGAUGUACAAAGUUGUGGUUUGUUGAAAUAGUACAGGACACUGAGAAGAAAACUAAGAAAUACAUGCAAUAGAGGUGUAGCUAGUGGGAGUUAUACAAGUUAAGCGUAGAUGUCAUGUAGAGAGUCAGGUACGGGAAGCUGUAGGGGGAAUCAAAGGACCAGUGUUAAAAGCAGAAUGAGGAUGGCUUAAAAUCAGGAGACAUUUAACAAGAAAGAUUUGUUAAUGAUGGCGUAGAAAGUUUUGAAAUGUCGGUUUAAGAAAACAAAGUAAUGAGAUAAAUGUGCAUGGUCAAGAAAAGAGAUGGACCAGUGGGAGUUAUUUUAUUUAAGUGAAUUCUCCCUCGAUAGAGUAGGAUGAGCUUGAUGCGCUGUAGGUAAACUAAACUGAACGGAGGAUGGAGAGUAUGUGUAAUGAAAAUGAGGGGUGAAUGAGAUGAUGUGUCAUCGUGUCUGUGUGUUUCAACCAGUGUUCGAUCCCACUCACAGGUGAUUGUGGAGAAGAGAGCGAUCAUGUACACACUGACUACACUACACAACAAACCAGUGUGAGCCUGCCUCUGCUUGCACGAGGUCAAACAUAUGGUACUCACGGUUCAUGUGUAUAGUGGACAAUAAGGUGUGUAAUCUUUAGAAUACUAGCCAACAUAUUAUUGUCAGGAAAGAAAGUAAUUUUGACAUGGAUGAUACGCAGAAACCUUGAGUAAUUCUUAACUUCAAAUGGGCAGAAAUUCACUUCGUGUAACUAUUAACACUUAAUUAAUAUGGACCUCUUGUAGAAAUUGUAACAAGAUUAUAUUACACUAUACACAAUGUUGAUAUUCAUAAAUGUAUAUGAGGUGGAAAUUUGUAAGUUGAUUCUUUGCUGAAAAACAAUGGAAACUACACAAAAAGGGUUUCUCUUCUUAAAAUCCAUUCUGUUUUAUUUAUUUGUGUUACCUACUUGCUUUUAAAAAAUUAUUUUCUUUUUUUAAUAUUUGGGGGUGGGGAGGUGUCUUAUUUGAAUUAACUUUGCUUUAGCUGUUUUGCACUGAAAUAUUUGAAGUAUUCCUUGCUCAGAAGAUGUUUGGUUUACUAACUGCCAUCCACCUUGAGAUGCCAUGGGAAUCUAAAGAAUGAAAAACAAAUGAUAAUUUAAUAUGCAUAUUGGAAAAUAAAUAUAUGCAUCAUA